AUGCAAUCUAACCAAAAUCAACCUUUUACGCCAUUUUCUUCAUUAGGCAAGAAUGGGGUAAGACCUUAUUAUGCUCCAGGUCUUGGCGCAGGAAACUACACAAACAUUGCAGUCGAUCAACCUGGCGUUCCCUAUUAUACUGUAGAUUACCCUGAUGACUUGAUUGAUUCAAGAGCUGCAGCCAGAGAACUCAUCAACUUUACCGUGCUCAAAUUUCUUACAACCGCUGUCAACAGUCCGUUUGAAGUGUCCAAAACGCUGUUACAGGUACAGUACAUGCCACGUGAAGACCUGCCAGUAGCGAAGAAAACAACAACUGUUCAAGAAGGCGAAUCGGAUAUUGAGGAUGAAGCUGGUCCAUAUUCAGAAGAAGAGGAGGAUGAAGACGAGGAUGAAGAAGAAGAGCACUCAGGACGACGUAGACAUCCUUCAGCUACAGAUGAUCCCUUAACUACAGGUGGUUCAUUAGAUAUUGAUGACCCCAUCUUUAAAAAGAAGGUACCUCUUAAUGCAGACGGAUACAUUGUGCGUACAAGUAUCUAUGAUGAUUCGACACGGCCUCCUCAUCAAAUCAAGCCCAUUGAUGGCGGUGUCUGGCAGGGCAUCGGAAGACUGUUGCAUCAUCCUCAUGAAGGUGUGCGCUCCUUGUUUAAAGGACAAUUUACAAACUGGCUCUACGAAAUUUCGCACUUAUUCCUGCAGCCAACACUGGAAGGCACACUAAAUGAUAUGUUUGAUCUCUAUGAUGACACAGUACCAUUGGUGCACUUGGAUAGUGUAGGCCCAAAUCUAGCUACACUGGUAGCCAGUAAUCUUAUUGUUGGGAUCCUUCUGAGUCCUCUUGAACUCAUCAAAACAAGAAUGAUUGUACAGUCAGCAUCGCCACUUCAGCGUAAAUACAAAGGGCCUUUCCAUGCGCUGGCAACCAUCUGGAAAGAAGAAGGCGGCUUUAAGGGUCUGUACUUUUCUCACAAUUUCUUGCCCACCGUCUUGUACCACACCAUCACUCCACUUUUCCAAAAUAUUACACCUUUGAUCAUUGACCGCGUGCUUUGCAUCUCAGCAAGUGAAUCGCCUUUCUUGUACAGUCUUGCCGAAUUAGGAUUAAAUACACUGGAGAUUUUGAUCACACUGCCUCUUGACACCAUCCGUAAGCGUAUGCAGUGCCAGAUCAGGACACGAACACCUGGGAACAAACGAUUUGAGCCUGUGGUGGCACUAAGACCUGUACCUUACACAGGCGUGAUCAAUGCUGUCUACUGUAUAGCAAAAGAAGAAGGUAGUCCAAGAAAGAAGUCCAGAAAAGAAAAUAGAUACACAAACUGGAACUUAAGAAGUCUAUAUCGCGGAUUUACUAUGGAAUGUACGUCAAAUAUUGUUCUAUUCUUUUUGCAUGCUAUCAGUGGUAUUGAAGAUGAUUAUGAAGAUUUCUAA